AUGACGAAGGCUAGUCUCCCUAAGAGCUUCGAAUGGAGCUCCAGUGGUCCUCUUAUUGGCCCAAAAGACGAUAGCCACGACCUUGCUGGGAUCAAAGACCCCUCAAUUAUUGAGGUUGAUGGUGUUUACCAUGUCUUUGCUAGCACCGCCAAAGAAUCUGGUUAUAAUCUAGUAUACCUGAGCUUUACCGAUUUCAAUAAGGCUAGUUCAGCAACAUUCCAUUACCUUGACCAAACCCCCAUUGGGCCAGGCUAUCGCGCCGCUCCUCAGGUCUUCUACUUUGAGCCACACAAGCUAUGGUACCUCGUCUACCAAAACGGUAACGCUGCGUACUCCACCAACUCCGACAUCAGCAACCCUGCUGGGUGGAGCGCACCCAAGAAUUUCUUCGGCAGCGUGCCCAGGAUCAUUUCGGAGAACAAGGGCAAUGGAAACUGGGUUGACAUGUGGACCAUUUGCGAUUCGUCCAACUGCUACCUUUUCUCAUCGGAUGAUAACGGUCAUCUCUACCGCUCUCAGACCUCGCUCGGCGACUUUCCGCACGGCAUGGGGAACACCGUCAUCGCACUACAAGACUCGAAUGCAUAUGCCUUAUUCGAAGCAUCGAAUGUAUACAGCACCGGUGACGGUAAAUACCUUCUUCUUGUGGAAGCCAUCGGGAGUGAUGGUGCGAGAUAUUUCCGGUCCUGGACUUCGGCCAGUCUCACUGGUACCUGGACUGCUCUUGCCGACACGGAGGCCAACCCCUUUGCGCGAUCCAACAAUAUCAAGUUUAGCACUAGCGCCUGGACUACAAGUAUCAGCCAUGGCGAGAUGGUGCGCACAAAUGUUGACCAGACCAUGACCAUUAGCCCCUGUAAUCUACGCUAUCUGUACCAGGGCGUGGAUCCAAACGCGAAGGGCGAUUAUAAUGCCAUGCCGUGGAAAGUUGGGCUUCUCACCCAAACCAACUCUGCCUGUUAG